UGAAAAUGAGAAGGAAAGAGAACAGUCCUGAAGAAAGGAGAGGCACUGAAUGAAUGUUUGAGAAAGCUGGGCCGCCUCCAGGAAACGGACCCGCACCGUUAGAACUCCUUUUUGCCUGCAAUGAGUCCUGGAUUCAUAGCCACGACUAAAGGAAGCUGCGUCAGAGCUUUGUUGCUUUUGGGGAUGACCAGCGUGUUGGCUCGCUUCAGAGAGGAGGAACACACUGAAAAGGAGAAGUGACCGGGGGGACCGACAUCUGCUCCGAGAGGAUAAGAUCUGCAGUCCAUCUGGAUUUAAACCAGGAACUUCUCUUAACUUUCUGUGGAGACGGAGAGGAUUUCUUUGGAAACCUAAAGACCUCAUUUCAGCUUUGGACUCAGAGCUGAAGCCAUGUGUCAUGUCAUUGUAACGUGCCGCUCCAUGCUGUGGACCCUGCUCAGCAUCGUGGUGGCCUUCGCGGAGCUGGUCGCCUUCAUGAGUCCUGAUUGGCUGGUGAAACCCCUUCUGACUGAUAAUGAUGUGACACAGACAAAAGCGAAUGACAGGGAGUCCCUCGGCCUCUACAGCCGCUGCAAACGUAUCGGGGGAGAGAUCAGCUGCGGGAAUUACGCAGGGACAUUCGGGGAAGUGGGCAGUAAAUUCUGGCAGGCCGCCAUGUUGUUUCUGGCAGCCGGGAUGCUGGUGCUCGGGUGUGUGGCCUGCAUCUCCGUCUUCACGCUGUGCUUUCAGAGCAUCAAGAAGAAGAGCAUAUUCAACAUCUGUGGGCUGCUCCAGGCCAUUGGAGGUCUGCUGCUAAUAGUGGGGCUGAUGCUGUAUCCCACAGGCUGGGGGUCAGAGAAGGUGACGACGUUCUGCGGCUCGGAGGCCUCGGCCUUCAGGCCGGCGGGUUGCUCCCUCGGCUGGGCGUUCUACACAGCGAUAGGAGGAACGCUGGGGACUUUCCUGUGCUCUGUCCUGUCCGCGCAGGCCGAGAUCGCCACUUCCAGCGAUAAGGUUCAGGAGGAGAUCGAGGAGGGGAAAAGCCUUAUCUGCCUGUUGUGAGCCUCAAGGAAGCUCCAGGAAGAGCAGGAAAUCGGCUUUGGUCAAAUUUUUAGGAUGUGCACACUUGUACAAAUGAAUGAAAGGAAGACAAGGACUUCCCUGAGGGGUUUUCCUUUCUGGAUGGUCCAGAUAAAAAGAGCGUUAAAAGGAAAGCAGCCUGUGAAAAGUGGGGAAAUUUAUAUUUUUCUAUAUUCUUAGGUUACAUUUUUAAAUGUUUUCUAGUGCAGGAGGUAACGGAUCUCUUUUUUUUUUGUACAAAAAUACUUUUAAAUUUUUUUUAUAGAAAAUCUUACCUACAAGAGACCACUAGAAUGGAAAAGGAGAAAAUUAAAGAACGGUUGUGUUACUCUAAAGGCAAGUGUAAUGGAUGUUCAUAUAAAAUAACAAACCACAAGCAGAUUAUGAUUAUUAUUAGCUAUUAAAAAAAAUUCACUUUAUUUUUCUUAAACAGGGAUGUUUAACUGAGAUCCUAUGUCUCUUCUGGCAGGAAGUCAUGGUUUAGAUUAUUAGGAAAACGAUACUUAACAACAGCUGGCAAAUGAUCUGUGUGUUUAAUUUGUGAGGAUUUGACAUGUUGACUUGUUUUACAUGUUAAUUUGUAUGUAUGAAUUCUCAGCAGAAUGGCAACUGAUAGUUUCUGCAGAAUAAGCUUCACUCACCAAAUGUUUGCUACUAUUGAUUCAGCUUUUGACACAUAUAUGCAUCAUUUUGGUCACCUUUCAGUCUCCUUUGCUUGGAGUGGAUGCCUCUUUCACGUCUUGGUAUUUUCAGAGUACUCCUGUAUCAAAUAGCACCUUUUACUGCAUUUUGCACUUAAUCUUUAGCUCAUUACAUAAAGCUGCAGACUUCAUUUAAGUGUUUUUAGAUUUGUUCCACACUCCAGAUUUUACUGUAAUUCUAGUAAUUAAUCUUUUGCUGUGCUUUUAUAAAUCCAAUGUGUGUCUGAUGUGCAAUAAAAGUAUGUUACUGACUGAUUGGGCUGAAUGAAAUUAAAAGUGAAAUUAACUUGCUUCAAAGAGGAUCUCUAGUGUUUCUCAUGGUUUCUAUUUUGUUACAUUAACAAAAGAAAAGCAGAAAGUGUGACGUAACAGAGUGGUGUAUGAAAAGAUAUCAUUUGUUCCUACAUUUUGUUUAUUUUGUAAAAUAAAAAUUGAAAGCUUGUAAGCUCC